GGUACAUGCAUGUAAAUGUGUGUGCAUGUGUGUACUUACUCCAACCAGCUGACCAAAGUUGGCAUCGCUGCCGUCGGCAUAGUUCUUCACAGGUCAGACCCACUAACUCACGCUUCCUAUAACGUCUGGAUACGCAUCCGCACGGAGCAAGAGUGCACAUCAAGGGACUCUGGGCCUACAAGGAUGGAGCUUAAGGUGUCUGUUGACGGUGUCCAGCGUAUCGUCUGCGGAGUCACAAAGAAAACCACAUGCCAGGAAGUAGUCAUAGCUCUGGCCCAAGCCCUGGGACGUCCAGGUCGGUACUCACUAAAGGAAAAAUUCAAGGAGUAUGAGCGCAGCAUGACCCCCAGUGAGCACCUCCUAGAAUCUCUGGAAAAGUACGGUCAGCAAGCUAGGGAGGUACAGCUCACCCUGCAGCAUCUUGGGCCUUCGACAGUGGAGGACAAUGGGCUCUCUAGUGCUGGGCCUCCUCUAAGGAAGUCGGAGGUGGGAAGCAAACACCGGGCAGCAAGAAGAGCUGCUUCUGCACAUCGCCAAAGCCUGCCACCUUUGUCUCGUCUAAGGUUAGACGCAGAGCCUCCUCACACUGCUGAGGUCAAGGGGCAAAAACGCAAAUCUUUUACACUGGUGGAGGAAGCAAGGGGCUGGCUGGAGAGCCUGGGCUGGAAUGGGAGGUUCCAGGGGAUACAGGAGAAAGAAAAGGGUUUGGAUACUGAGAAGACAGAGAGCCGUCAGUCUCCUGAAGUUGACUCUGGGCUGUUCUCCUCCACAGAAAGAGGAAGCCGUAAAUUCCCUACAGUUACCACACAUCAGAAGAGGGAGAGUCUCCUUUGUGAGCCUGACAGUAGGGCAAAGGGUUUAGACAAGAAUGAAGACAUGAAGAGCAUGCAGUUCCUUACUCAUAAAGUGAAUGAGGAACAGGAUGCAUUGCGAACGCUGUUGGUUUGCCAGCAGACCCGUCUUCAUGAACUGCAGGCGCAAAUUGACGCAGUUGAGGCUCAGAUUAAUAAGUUGGAGGAGGAACAUCAAUCGGAGAAGGAGCAAGAAUUCAUUCAGCACUGGGAGAAUGAACUGAGAGCAGAGGAGGCCUAUGGACAAGACCUGCAGCAGCAGUUUUUGGAGAUGAAGCGGAAGGCUUCGGAAUGCAAGGCAAGGCUAGAAGAAUACAAAUUCCGACUUCGCGGCCUGGGGGAAGGCCAGAACCUUAACUUUGCUGUUGCACAGGGUGAGGAUUCAGGUACUCUGUACUCUGAUUCACCAAUCAGAGGGGGUUUUCAAGAGGAAGAGGAGAAGCUUUUGCAAGCAGGGAACAGGACUGGGAGAAACACAAUGCUGACUCCCAUUGGAGAGCCCUGUCUAUCCUUGGGACAAAUUUUGAGAUGUCAAAACAUGCACACAGGACCCAGUGCACCAGAACAACUUCGUGAGCGUUGGGUGAGAAAUGCCAUGUUUCGCUGCUCAGAAGUCACAAUGUAUCCGAGUAGCACAAGGGUCUGAAGAAGGGUGGGGGGUUUCUUGUAGUCAGGAUUUUCUUUUACUUCAGUAGACCUAGUGCUCUUUACCAUUAAGUUACCAUUUAACUGCAUAAAGUUAAGUCCCCUUAAAAAGUCAUAAUAAAAAGUUUGAUUUCUGGGGACUCUGCACAAUUAGCAUCAGUUCUUCUCUAAAUGCAAUGGGGCAAAUGAACAUCGAGGUACAGGGUAAAUCUUUAACUGUAUUGAAAUGUUCACGUUUUGUUAAGUGUAUUUCCAUUAGAUUAUGGGGAUUCAAUGCACUCUUUUUUUCAUUUCUUGCACCAAGGCCAAUAAAUGUACUGAAAAGGGGAAA